UGGGGCGAUUUUGAAGUUCAACAACUCCGAAACUUGUUAGACUUUUGACCCCAAAUUUUGAGCAUAAUAACAUGUGACCCAUGGCUAUGUGUCUGUACCAAAAAUUAACUCCCAAGACAGAAAUGACCCCCCCAACUGACCCCAGAGCAAGAGAGUGUGGAGAACACUUUUUCCAACUCCCAAUUGCUGCCUACAAAAGUUCUUGACGAAGUAAAAAAACUAAAAUGUGGCAUAUAUUAUGCCCCAGUGUGCAGGGAACUCAAAACAAUUAAUUUUUUCCCCCAAAUACAACUGGCUGUAUUUUUGGAGAAAACCUAAAAAUAGCCCCCACGCGAUUUAAGCGUCAUCGGUCUACUUCAAAUCCAUACCAAACAUCGAAUUUAAAACUUGGAAAACCAACCAGCGGCGAACUCGCAUGACCGACCACGGCCACGAUGGGGCUAGUAACGCGCAGCGUCAUUCUUCGGAGGUUCAUUUCUGUCCACACCUUGCACAAACCUUGCACACAAAACCGUUUCCUGUCUCAUUCGUUGUCAUUGGCCCCAGAUGGCACGGGGACAUGUUUCCAAUCCCGUCCACGCCAUACUGCGGCGACAUUGAUAUUCUGCAGCACAAGUCGUCGCGGCUUGGCGAAUGCUGCAACAAGUGGUAAAGAGGGCGAGGCUAAAAUUAAAUCCGUUUUACAAAAGUCAUUUCCAUCAGCCGUUAAUAUCAAGGUGGAAGAUAUUUCUGGAGGUUGUGGUUCCAUGUAUCAAAUUUUUGUCGAAGAUAAGAAGUUCGACGGUUUAUCAAUCGUAAAACAACAUCAACUAGUCAAUACGGCACUGAAAAAUGAAAUCAAAGACAUGCACGGCAUCCGGAUUCAGACGCAAUCUCCAACAGUUUGAGUUGACAUUAUUUGAAGAGACGCAUUAUAUUUAUCUGGAUUGCUAAAUCAUGUUAGUUGAUUAAUGGAAAAUUUUAGGGAUACAAAAUAAAAAGAAGUGUAUACAAAAAUGCAAUGCAAUUGAA